UUCUUAGAGCAUUUUCACAUGAUCAAACCUCACAUUCUCCAUAUGACUUUGAUUUAAUAACUAGUUAGGUUCAUUUCCCACAUGUUACAGUGCAGUUUCUUCCAUUCUCAGUGUCAUCAAAGUCACAUGGACUUUCAGAUUUUCUUUCUGUUGUUGGCUUUUUUCCCAGCAAAGUACUAUAUCCCUCACAUCACAAACCCACAAGGUACAUCCACAUGCUGUAUAGUCAAUCCUCUGAUCAAUUAAUUCUUAAGGAUGAACGCAGCUUCUUUUGAUCUCCAGUUACAAAGACAGAUCAAUCAAGCACUGUUUCUAGUUGGCUUCUUCUUGACUUCCCAAUUCCAGUUACUACUGACCAAUGGUCUCUGUACGGAGCUUCUGUUCAUGCGGGCUGAGUUGUGUCAGAACCAGAGAGCCCUGGAGGAAGCCAGGAAGGAUCAGAGGCAGAAGCUAUUUGAUUAAUUGCCAAAGUAGGAAGAUUUCGGAUUCAGAGGAAGAAAAGUGUGGGAAGGUGAAGCUGAGGAUGUUAAUUGCUGGUGGGGGGAUCGGAGGCCUUGUUUUGGCUCUUGCAGCGAAGCAGAGAGGAUAUGAUGUGAAGGUUUUUGAGAAAGAUUUGAGUGCUGUGAGAGGUGAAGGAAUGCAUCGUGGGCCGAUUCAACUUCUGAGUAGUGCUUUAGCUGUGCUGAAAGCCAUAGAUGAGAAGGUUGCAAAGCAGAUAAUAGAAGCUGGUUGUGUCACAGGAAAUAGGAUUAAUGGCCUCGCUGAUGGUUUAACUGGGGAAUGGUUUACUAAGUUUGAUCUUUUCACUCCUGCUUUAAAGAAGGGGCUUCCUCUUACCACAGUCAUAUAUAGAAUGACACUGCAAGAUAUAUUAGUGAACGCAGUUGGGCCAAACAUAGUUAGAAACAAAUCCAAAGUUGUGGACUUUAUUCAAGAACCUGACAAGGUUAGAGUGGGUCUUGAAAAUGGAGAGCAUUUUGAAGGUGAUAUUCUAAUAGGUGCAGAUGGAAUAUGGUCAGAAGUGCGUUCAAAGCUCUUUGGAAAGCAAGAAGCAAACUACUCUGGUUUCACAUGCUACAGUGGAUUAACAAGUUAUGUGCCGCAGUAUAUAGAUACUAUUGGGUAUCGGGUAUUCUUGGGCUUUAACCAGUAUUUUGUUGCAUCAGAUGUUGGCUAUGGGAAGAUGCAGUGGUACGCUUUCCACGGAGAGCCUCCUUCAUGUACUGAUUUCCCAGGAGGUAAAAAGAAGAGGCUUCUGGAUUUAUUUGGGAAGUGGUGUAAUGAAGUGAUCGAACUCAUAUCAGAAACACCAGAACAUAUGAUUCUUCAAAGGGAUAUUUAUGACAGAGACAUCAUCAACACUUGGGGAAUUGGGAGAGUCACACUACUAGGUGAUGCAAUCCAUCCUAUGCAACCAAAUCUUGGUCAAGGGGGAUGCAUGGCAAUCGAGGAUUGUUACCAGCUUAUACUCGAGCUUGAUAAAGUUGCUAAGCAUGGUUUUGUUGGUGGAAAGCCUGAUGAAGUUGUCUCAGCCCUCAGAAGAUACGAGAAGAAGAGGAUGUCAAGGGUUACAAUCGUACACACAGCAAGCAGGAUGGCAUCAAAAGUGCUAGCCAAUUACAAACCUCAUAUUGAGUUCAAAUCUGGGCCAUUAUCACAGAAUGUAGUAGUAACACAUCCAGGAAUUCAUGUGGCUCGAGCUGUUUUGCAGCUGAGUUUUCCACAUUUCAUUGAUUGGAUGAUUGGAGGUCAUGGGUUAUGGUAAGCAAGCAUUAUUCAGGAGUGCUGGAAAAUAAAACAUGUUUUGUGUGUGUGUGUGUGGAUGGGGGGAGAGAGAGAGAGAGAGAGAGAGAAGAGAUCCCCUGUAUAAGAGCGAGAAAGAGAGGAAACAAUGAGGCCCAAAAGCCCAUGAAGUUAGAUCCAAUCAAAUAUGUAUAAAAUAAAGAAAAAGAAGAAUAAAACCA